AUGGCACUCAAACUUAAAGAAUAUUUCAAUGAACUAACAAAGGAGAACAUUAAAGUUGCUGAGAGAGAAAGAAUAACAUCUAGUAUCACUGAAUUAUAUAAAUCUGCUCAUUCUGAUAUUAUUGCUGGCAAAUACAAAGAUAUCUACAGCUUACAGGAUUUGUCUGCAAAUAUUUUCCAUGCGGCUUAUAAUGAAGUUGUGAGAAACAAUGAGAAGCUUUGCAAAGAAAAAUCUGAAAACAGUCCGCCAACAAGGGCCUACAAAACGAAAUGUUUUGAGUUAGCGAUGGAGCAUUUGAAAAAUUGCAGAUUAAAAAAGCUGGACAAUUCAAUUUCAUGGCUCAAUUUCUGUCUGGCAAUAUUUGAAACAUCGUGGGUAAAAUCGACGGUUCAGUAUGAAAACGAAAUGUCGAAUUGUAUUUUGGGAUGUGUGACGUGCGCAAAUUUGGUCUGGAUUGAGCAUAACCUACUGCAAAAUUUAUGGGAAAAGAUAUGGAUGAGAAUUUCGUCGAGUAAUCUUGACCCAACAAUAUUUUGCAAUUACGUGAAAAUUUCCAUCAAAAUUCUGGAUUCAGUCAAUUCGCGCGUCAUCGAUGAGAAUCCUUGGAGAAUCGUCAAAACCGUUAUAAGCAGUUUAACUCGAGCGGCGGAAAACGGAAAUCAAAGAAUAUUUUGGUCAAACUCCAGAAAGUACGCGUAUGCUUUAAUUCUGGCAAAAAUAGUAAAGCAAUGGGGAAUUGAAGCACGAGAUUUGUUUCUGAGCACUGUUCCCCAAUUUUUGCGCCAUUUAACGUCUCUAAUAAAUGUCAAUCCAGAGACAGAAAAUAAGGAGCAUUUAAUGAGUCUGUGCGAUGACUUAUUCGAAUUGGCUCUGAUUAAAAGUGUGGGAGGACACAUUCUGCUAAGCCCGAAAACACGGGCUGAAAUGGCAUCGCUGGCGAACCAAUGCGUCGCUGAAGCUUUAAAAUCAGCUAAUUCGUUGUAUUCCAAUCGAACCAACUUUUCAAUGCCACAAAAAUAUGCGCAUUAUAUUGCCAGAUGGCUUAUAGCCCGAAAACUGUUGAACGGAAAAAGUAAACGGGAACUCAAUAAUACUUCAAUGCUGUCUCGUUUCCAUCAAAUCAUCUAUGAGUACAACGAUAUUUUCACGCUAAAAUUUGGCGAAUCCAUCGAACCGUCGCUUCAGAAAUGUAAUGCAUGGAGCGGAUGUCUUGAAAUUUUUUGCGUAGCUCUCGAUCGAAUGCAAACUGAUGAAAUUUUGAAUUUCGUUUCAAUUUUGUGGGCGAAACGGAAGAGUUUUGCCGCAGAUUUUUUACGCUCGAAAUUUUGCCAACUUUUAUCAGCGAUUAUUGAGAAGCGCUUGAUUUUUGACGCAAAAAAUGGAAUUUCCAUCGAGUCCUUAAUGAAAUAUGCGCUUUCUCUUAUGCCGAACCUCACAUCUCUACCGAAUUCCGCUCUUCUCGUCGAGACAAUUCUGAAAUUUCACGGCAAUUCAAUAGCACCCGAUUUGGUCUCUGUGAUAUUUGGUACGGUGUCUCGUUUGAACUCUGCUUCGCCUCCAGUCAUUCGCGUGACAUCUGCGCUGCUCGCCUACACCGAAUUCGACGAAAAUAUGCGAUUUUGCGAGAUUUCAAAUGAUGAAAAUCGAACUUGGAGAAUGCGAAAAGAUAUAAUUGAUUGGCUGAUUUCGAAUCCUCAUCCGAUGUCGCAUCAAGUUCUCUUCGAAAUUUGCCAUUUACAUCCUCAAUCUUGUCGUUUGACAUCUUCCGACGAUUAUUCAAAAAUUUUACCGCCGAAAAUUGUAAUCGAGGAAAUCAAACAAUAUGUAUUGAAUUCGCUAUUAUCAUUAAUAAAAACCGAUUUUUCUUUAUGUAUGUUCAUUAUCUUCAACGAAUUCGCGUAUCGUAUGAAUAUUUCAACGGAUCUCGAGGUGAAACCCGAAGUUCUAACUGAAAAACUGAAUUAUAUUGAUGAGAAGAGUUUUUUUGAAUUGAUUGAAAAUGUGACGAUUUGGCCGGACUGCAUAAAAAUUCCGGCGGGAUUUGAUUCAGAGGAGAUUCUUGCCAAAUUUGCGCUCGCUCAAGCCAAAAACCCAUCGUUCAAUUUUGAAUCGUUAGCGAUUUUUCGUGACAAAUUGAUCCCAUUUCUUGUCAAAUUAGCAUCGUCGGAUUCAAUAGCAAAAAAUAUUCUUCGAAAUUCGCCGUCGUUUAACGCCUACGUCAAAAAAUAUGCGUUAAAAAAUCAUAGUGAUAUCUACGACAUUGCUUAUCGAUUUGACCAAAUCGCCGAAUUAUUAUCGAUUUCGGAAUUAUUUCGUCUGAGGAGCUUCAUCAUGAAGCGUGUAGAAGAGUGUCUGAAUCAAGAGCAAUCGAUUGAAGAAUGUGAUGCUGAUGUGAUGAGCUCAAUGACGAUUUCAACUUGUAUACGAAACACAACGCCGGCGAACAAAUGCGACGCUUACAGCAUCGAUGCGUUUGAAGUUGCGCGAAACGUUGAAAAUGCGGCAUUCGAUCAAAAAUCGGCAAUUCGGGUCUUGAGACAAUUGAGAAAGAGCCCUUUUAUGGCUAAUAAGGUAGUUCAACAUGUGCUCAAUGAGCCCAAUCUUUGGCAUAUUCAUUCCUGCGUUUUGAACUAUAUUGUGCGGCAUCGUGGACUAAUCGAGACUUGUCUGGCCACAGUGCCGAAUAUGGCCAAAUUUUUGCAUAUUUACCAAAUCGAGAUUAACGCGAAAUGUGAAAUUGCUGAAUAUCUUCGUUUUGAUUUGAAAUCCAUCGAUCGUUGUAAGGCCUACAUUAGAAAACCGCGAUCAGAAGCGUGUCGAAUAUCGCCGGAAGACCUGAUCACCCUAUUUGGUUGUGGGAUACGCCGAUGGGCAAGAAUAUGCUUUCGAUUCUGGAAGAUUUUCGAAAUGUCGCCUCACGUUUUAUGCGAGUGUUUAAUGAAUUUUGCGACCGAAUGCAUCGAAAUCGGACUAGUCGUCCGAUUGGCUCAUUUGCUCAAAGCCAUUGCGAACUCGGAGUUUGAUUUUGAUGAAAUUGCGAAAUUUGAAACACGAGUCGCUCAACAAGUUGAAAUAUUCUUCACGUCGGAUGGAUCGGAGCUUGAUUACUGUCAUCUUGGGUACAUUGAAUUCUAUAAUCAGAUCAAUGACAAUUUAACGGCUGAUGGGAUUCAGGCGUCAGAAUCGCGAGGAAUCUUCAUAAUUGAUGUUUUCGUCGGUAUCUGGUAUUUUUUGCCGAGAAUGCGACCGCAUAUUUUAAAAAUUGUGGCGAGAUUUCGACACACGUCGCCACAAUGGUCGCGUUUUCCGCAACCAUCGCACGAUACUAUUGAAGACGUUGCUUUUGCGCAAAAGGUCCGAUUGUUCUCACUGCUGAAAAUCAUGACGGCGUCGGAGUUUGAGAAGCGCGAGCUCGAAUGCGUCGUGGCGUUAUUCCUCUCAUCUUAUGAAUGCUAUUUGAACGAAGAUGAAUUUUUGAAGCGAAUUCAACUAUCCCAUCGAAAUUCUAAAAAACUUGCGUUGACAGCGGCGGCGGAGAAAUUGAAAAUAACAAAGGACCUUGAAAAUCUUGAUGAGCGAUUCUUAACUCUGUGCCUCAAUAUCUCCACAAUUUUCAAAGAUGUGGCAUUAUUCGUCGCGCCAUUCAUAUAUUUUCUGCUUGCAGUUUCCGCGAAACCUGAAAAUUCGCUUAAACUAUUUUUUGAAUGCGCGCGAAACUUGAAUGGAGAUGACAAACGCGAGGUGUUGUGCUUCGCUGAAUGUUUCGAUGCACUCGGAUUGAGCACCUUCUCGAUUCUUGAGCAAUUUCCGAUGGUCUUCCCGAUUGGCGAAAUGAUGAAUGUUGGCGAGAUGUUUCUCAAACACGGCCUCACUUCUCACGCAUUUGCAAUUGCCAAUUUGCUUUUUGACAGAGUCACUAUUGAAUCUCGGAAUGUUAUGAUGAUCCAACGAAUUCAAUUAGAUGAGAUCAAAGAAGCUGACAAGCUUAUAGAGUUUCUUACCAAGAUCUAUGUGGCCGAAGGGAACUCUGUUGCUCUUUCGUCGCUUCCGCCAGGAUUACAGGAUCGCCCGGAAAUCCGUCAAGUAAUGUAUAAACAUUCAAAGGAAUGGAUUCGGCUGAUCAGUAAUCAGCUUUCCGAUGAGAAAAGCGAUGUUUUCUAUCGAUGGAUGAGUGGAUUCCGCUGCGAAUCGCCUAAUUAUUUACAGCAAUACUUGGAAAACACGCUUCGAACUCAAUUCACGGCAUAUCCUAAACAAAUUGAUGACUAUGCGAGAUUCGUUUACAUGGUCCUUUAUCAUGCUGGGCGGCCAGUGGUAAAUCAAAAAGCCGAAAUAUUUUUUGAGAAGCUUUUACGGCGAAUUCUUACUGAAUCGAGCCAUUCGACAUUUGCAAUCGACGAAAUUCGACUGAUAAUGCUAGCCAUCGGAAAUUUCGAUCCGCAAACUAUCGAAGAGCACGUCAUCUGUGCAAUUCGACAUCUUCGAAACGCUGUUCGACUUCGUACUUCGACAACGUUCACAACGACGGAAAUCGAGACGAAAUCAUUGGAAAUCAUUAAAGUCGCCAACAUGCUUGCUGAAAAUCGAGCUUCUGAGGCGGCAUUGGGACUGUUGAGGAGUUGGCGAGAAGAAUGCGAAGAAUGGCCGCGAUCGUACGUAGAUGUUGAUCUCAUUGAAAUCGCCCAACAUCAAAUUAUCUGCAUGUGUGGCGACCAUCGAGUUGCCGAAAUAAAUCUCAGGUCGAUGUAUAAUAAAAUUCCGAGCAUGAGCGGAAACGCGAUUGUUCAGCUCACUUUGGCGUUGAGUCGAAUCACUUGUGAAUAUCGCAAUGAUCUUGACGAGGGCGUUCAACUUCUUGAACGUGGAUGCGAUCAGCUAUCGAAUUCGGUAUCCGUCGAAAUGAAACUCGAACUACUCCUCAACUUUCAUUCGUUGUGCAUUGAGCAACUCGCGAGAUUGGAGGAAUAUCGAGAAUCGCGUAGCUAUCGAAUGAAACAGGAGGCGAUCACCGCUCUCGAAGAGCAGAUUGCGAGAUUGCGAAGCUCGCGAAAUCGGCAACCCGGUGACGCUGGUCGGACGAUUGUUCGAUUGCAGCGAGAAUCGAACUGCGCGAAGGAUGAUGUGAGGAAGUUUGAAGAUAGUGUCGCAAACGCGGCAUUCCGUGCCGUUUCGUCAGCACUAGAUGUGCUAGAUACGAUUGCUGAAUUGGAAGAGCCAUCUGAGGCGGAAUCGAGAGCGCUUCUCGUCAUUUUUCCAUUGAUUGAUGUGAUCUACAAAUACGAGAAUAUUCCGAAAAUUGUCGAUGUUGUACACAAGCAUGUCUCAAAUCGAUUUGUCAGCCGAUUGUGGAUCAAAGCGACAGGUCAUAUUGCGUCGAAAUGCUUCAAUUCCGAGCGCACACCAUUGGAAGCGGUGCUGAAAAUGAUGCUGCAAUUGCUUGUAAUCGAUUACCCGUUUAUUGUGCUCCACACAUUGUUUAUGUAUGAGUAUAAGCCGAAUGGGUCGGAAGUUCGGAAUUUCAUCGAACGGAUUCACGAAAAAAAGACAACGCAGUAUAAUGUGAAGCGUUUGAGAGAAAUUGUGAUCGACAUGCGGGCGGCGCACGAGGCGUAUAAGCAAUUCGCGGAAGUCGACGUCAAAAAUGGCAAUUUUACGAAAGUGACGGAAAACGGAAAAUCUGCUUACAUGAUCAAAAAUGAUCUGAAAUUGUUCAAGUGCAAUCUUCGAAAUUUGCCGAUUCCCAUUAUCACUCAAAAGAUUGGUCUUCCACGAGAUUACAGCACCGAAGGAAUUGUGACAUGGAAAAAGUGUAGAGAGACAUUUGUGAUUGCUGAUGGGCUCUCGGCGCCUAAGAUUUGGGAGAUUCAAGGAAGUAAUGGAAUAUGGUAUAAAAUUGUAUUUAAGAAAGACGAUGUUCGUCAGGAUGUUCUCGUCGAGCAAAUGUUUGAUGUGAUGAAUAAUGUGCUCGGCAAACCGAUGCUCCGCACGUAUAAUGUGGUGCCGAUCGACACGGAAUGCGGUCUCAUCGAGUUUUGCGGGGGCACCCAUAGCAUAAAGGAGCUUCUUUGCGGAAACAAUCGACAAGGCGGUUUGCAUGCCGAGCGAAGGCCCACCGAAAUGUCGGCGACAACGGUUUUCCUCAAAAUGAAGGAGUGCCAAGAGGAGAGCGCCGAGAAGCGACGUGAGACAUUCAUUGGGCUAUGCAAAAAAUAUUCGCCGGUAUUUCGGCAUUUCUUCUACAAAGAAUUUCCGACGGUAUUCCUGUGGCGGCAGAAGAUUGACGCCUAUCGAGAGAGUUUGGCAGCAUGGAGUAUUGUUUGCUAUAUUGUUGGACUAGGCGACAGACAUGCGUCGAAUAUCCUUUUUGACACGUCUUCAGCGACAUUUGUCCACAUUGAUCUGGGUAUGAUCCUGGAGUAUAGUAAACGGUCAUUGCCUGUACCCGAGCAAGUUCCGUUUAGAAUGAGUCGAGAUUUAUUGGAUCCGAUUCUCAUUGAGGGUGUCGAGAAUGGCCAAUUGGCCGAGAUUUGUACCAGCACGAUGGAGAAGCUUAAGAAAAAUGAGAAGGUUAUAUUGGGAGUUGCUUCUGCUCUUCUUCGUGAGACGAUGACGAACUUCCGUGAGACAGAAUCGUCGUCGGGUCGACCUUCGUACAUUUCCGAGAUGGCGAUUGGACGCCUUCGCGACAAACUCGGCGGCACUGAUGAUGGGGUUUCCGCGCAGCCGGCGAAUCUUCAAGUUCGUCGCCUAUUGCGUGAGGCGACGAUGACCGAGAAUUUGUCGAGAAUGUUUUGCGGUUGGAUGCCGUUCCUGUAA